AUGUCUUUUGGUCCCGAGGUUGUUGGAUUUGAUCUUGUUGACUGUUAUAACCAUACAUUGUCAUCAUCAUUGGAUCGACAUGCGCCUGUGAAUCGCAAAACAGUUGUAAAAAGACCGACUGUUCGAUGGUUUAACAAGGAAGUCGAGUUAGCGAAAAGAGCACGAAGACGAGCUGAAAGGAAAUGGAGACGAACUAAACUGUAUAGUGACUUUCUCGUUUAUAAAUCUAAGAAAAACCAAGCUACUUUUGUAAUGAAACGCACACGUAAUUAGUACUACAUCACCUUCAUUCAAGAGAAUAGCAGCGAACGUC